AUGACUUCUCCAGAAUCGCUACCUUCUCGUCAAACAAGGCAAGGGAGAGCAUAUUCUACUACCGAUAAAGUUAUAUCAAGGUCGUCUUCAUAUUCUUCAUCCAACAGUUCGAUGUCAAAAGACUACGGCGAUCAUACACCUCUGUCCAUAAGUAGUGCAGCUUCAGAAACACCAAUAUCUCCUCAAUAUAUGCCCGUGAGAACAUUCAACCCAAUGGCUACAGCUGGUCCAACACCUAUGCAUUUGCUUCAAAAUGAAAGAAGUGUUUUCGGCCAUCAUUCUUCAUCAAACGCAUCUAAUACUAUAUCAUCGAAUAAAAGAGGUAUAGCAGCGGCCGUAGCUCUGGCAACAGCAGCUACCAUCCCAUUCCCACUAAAGAAACAAAAUCAAAACCAAAGUUCCAAGGUCCAGGCCACUCAUAAAGAACCAACGGGAAAAAGCAAAACACCACUACCAUUGACUGUUGAAAAUAACAAACCUGUUAGUGCGUGUAUCUGCGGCUCAAGUGAAUCUAAGGAUGGGUUGUUUAUACAAUGUAACAAGUGCAAAACAUGGCAGCAUAAGCUGUGCUAUGCAUUCAAGAAAUCAGAUCCAGUGAAAAGAGACUUUGUUUGCAAGAGAUGUGACACAAAGACAGCAUUACAGACUGGACAGGCAAAACCAAUGAUAUUUCCCAGAAAAAUGGGAGAUCAGCGCCUGUUCCAGUUUUCUUCUAUAGUAACAACAUCGAUUCUACACGCAGAGCAACAACAACGACAGAUGGUGAAUGGUUCGGAAGCACAAUCCAGAAAACGUCAUCUUGAAUGUAUGACUACGCCAAAUAUAACUACCAAGGAUAAUGACAGUGUACGGAAAAAAUCGAAACCUGAAAAGGUAGUAGUACCAGGCCACUUUCUUAAACCUCUUCUGAAUGAAAUAACCUCUUCCAAUGAUACAGAAUUCAAACUUAUAACAGCAUCAAAAUAUAAGGACAAGUAUGUCAAAAUGUUUAUCGAUAGCCACUAUGAUGACGACUGGGUCGUAUGCUCUAACUGGGAGAGCUUUGAAUCGGUGGACAUUGAUAUUAAAAAAUCUUCGAACGGGAAAGACUUUGGUGUAUUCAUUUCAAAGUCUUGUGUUAAAGGACAGCUGAUUCAAGAAUACCUAGGCGAAAUUGACUUUCAGAAAAAUUACCUGACAAACGCAAGUAACGAUUAUCGCUUGAUGGGUACAACACAACCAAAAGUACUAUUUCACCCACACUGGCCUUUAUUUAUAGAUUCAAGAGAGGUGGGUGGAUUAACAAGGUAUGUAAGACGAAGUUGUGAACCUAACGUAGAAUUGAUAACUGUAAGACCGCUUAACGAAAGGCCAAGAGGGGACAGUGACUGUAGGGUCACGUUUGUCUUAAUGGCUACAAGGGAUAUUAAAAUGGGAGAAGAGAUAAGCCUUAAAUGGCAAUGGGAUCUAAGGAAUCCUAUUUGGGAGUUGAUAAAUGCAUCUAAAGACUUGGAUACCCUACCAGAUCUUGACAAGUUUUGGUUGAUGGGUUCGAUAAAGACUAUUUUAACAAAUUGUGAUUGUGUAUGUGGAUACAAGGGCCAAAACUGCCCUAUAACUAAAAUCAAAAAGUUUUCCGAAAAAUUCACGAAAAAUACGAACGAAACGCUAUCUAGCAAAUCUUACUUUAAUACGAUAAUGGACAAUUGUAAGAAACGUGACGAGUUUUAA